CAUGCGCAGUGUCAGAGCGCGCAAUCGAAUGUGUGACGUCAGAUCAGCGUGCAGUGGAUCCGUGGUGGCGGGAGAUUUUUGACUGUUUUUGUCAUUGUGUUUCAUAUUUUGCCUGAAAACAUUCGCUCUUAUUCACGGUUAACAUGUGGAAUCAAGGUAAAUAUGGUGAGGCUGGAUAUACGCAGUCUCCAGGAGGGUUUGGUUCACCAGCUGCAUCCCAGGGUGGAGAAAAGAAAGGGAGAACACGAGCACAGCAGAUUGUUCCCUGUACAGUGUCCCAGCUGAUGUCUGCCGUGCAGGCAGAGGACGUCUUUAAAGUGGGAGAGGUAGAGAUCGCACAGGUUACUAUUGUUGGAGUUAUUAGAGGAACUGACAAAUCCACAAUCAACAUCCAGUACAAAGUGGAUGAUAUGACAGCAGCUCCAAUGGAUGUGAAGCAGUGGAUAGAUACAGAGGACAUGGGUGUGGAUAACUCGGUCAUUCCUCCAGGCACUUACGUCAAAGUCUCCGGCAACCUGCGCUCUUUCCAGAAUAACAGGUCACUGGUUGCAUUUAGCGUGAGACCUCUAGAAGAUAUGAACGAAGUUACUUCACACAUGUUGGAGGUUGUGCACGCUCACAUGCUACAGAGUAAACCGCAGGCCACGACGGGAGUCAGUGGAGGGAUGAACAUGAUGUCUGCAUCACAUACUAGCAUGGGUAGUGUUGGAUCAGCAGGAGUCUAUUCUGGUGCCAAUACGAUGCUUGUGAAUGGAUUGAGCGCUAACCAGAACCAAGUUUUAGCUCUGAUCAAAAGCUGCCAGGACCCUCAGGGCAUCAGCAUGCAAGAUCUCAAGCAAAAGCUCAGUAGCAUGAGCGUCAAUGCUAUCAGGCAGAUCGUCGACUUUCUUGGAAAUGAAGGACACAUUUUCUCCACCAUUGACGAGGACCAUUUUAGAUCAACUGACAAUGAUGUUUAAUUACCAUCUUGUCAGAUGUGUAUUACCAGAGUUUGCCACUGACCUAAAAACCCCAGAAGCCUUACAUUGUCACAAAGUUAAAUAAGUUAAUUAUUUCAAGUUUUUUUUUUCAGUAACCACACCACAUCUUGUCAUCUUUUUGUAUCUUUAAUGAAAGUGUAUAAAAGUUAUUUGUAAAUGUACAUUUGUCCCAUUGUAACAACGUUGAGAAUUAAAAAUGGAAUCUCA